AUGCUGCGACUCCAGCGCUACAAAGACGAGAUCGCUGAAACGCUGCUAUCUCAGGCCGGUGUUCUCGCAGAUGUCGGACUAGAGGACAAAUCAGUCAUGGACCUGCGAGGACUGUCGAGUCACGAAUUUGCACACCGUCUCGCCCACGAGCGGAGAGAACGCGCAGCUGUUCAGAUCGCCCUCAAAGACUCUCAGCAUGGCCACGCCUUCUGCGAGCGCCUGCUUCAUCAAGCGAGGAAACAAAUCACCGUCCUACGCGAACUGCUUCGGCAUGUCUCGAAUGGGCACGCCAUCGUCGUCGACGGUGAGCUCGUGGAGCCACCGCCAGAGCCGCCCCUCGCAGCCCCCAUCACCUUGACAGCUGAAACUCAUAUUUCUGAGGGCAACCGAAGUUUUGAGCCUCUGAAGAGACCGGAUGGGGCGCCGGCAGACCUCUCAGAUGCAGUCUCUUUCGCGCUGCUGCGGAGUGAAGUCGCCGCGCUGCGGAAAGAGAGCCAUCAGCGGGACAUGGAAGAUGAACAGCAUGAAGCGGCCCUGUCGCACGCGCGGGUGGAGGCGACGCUUCUUAGGCAACGAAAUACCGCCUUGACAGAGGAGCUGCGAGCGUGCCUGGCGCAACUGGACGAGGCAAAAAGCUCGCUGGAGGAGUGUGCCACACUCAGGAACAAACUGCAGGAUGUGGAGCUGUGGGCGGGACGGAUGCAGGAGACACACCAGGCGGAGCUGAAGAACUUGAGGGGCGCGCAGGAGCUCCGCCUACAGCAACUCGCCAUGCAGUACACGGCUGAAAAAAACGAACAGCUUCGAGAGGCGCAUGACGCGAACCAGCAGGUGAAGGAGGAGUGCUGUGGACUGCAGAAGGAAGUCGCGAAGCUGAAGCUGCGCCUGCAGCGUAUCCGCGAGAUGACGCGGCGUCACCACGUGUUGCAGGCACAUUUCCACGAGACGCUCGACUCGUGGGCAAAGUGCCUAGGAGGCACCGAGGGCCCCGACGACACGCCAUACUCCAACGGGCAGCUCCGACGCGCGGGAGCCUCUGCGUUGGGGGACCCGCCUUCCGAGGAGGGGGGGGGGCAUCCUGCUGACCGCCCCAGAGUGGCGUGCGCUCCUGUUGUUCAGGCGGCAAGAGGUCGAGGCCGGAAGCAAGGACCUGCGACGAAUCAAAACGAGAACUCUGGGCGGCUGGUUGCUGCAGACUGUGCGCGGAGCGAAGUCAGGAAGCCGGGCUACGUGCGGCUCGAUGCCGUCCGCCCGGUCCUUGAGACACUUCUUCAGGUGUGUGUCCACCUGGGCGUCGCCGAGCAGCAGCUCAUCGAGCGAGAUCCUGGAGAACCUUACGGCGCUUCGCUGUUUCCUUCCGCGCCGAUCUCGUCUCUGGAUCCGAUGUCGGGCUUCACCCCUCGCGCACCCAGUCUCGCGGUCCUUCAGGGCCAGCGGCUGGUCAUCCUGCAUCUCUACUCCCUUUUGGGCGCAAGCUGCACGGCCGCGCGCGGCUCAGCGCCCCCGGCCGCGUCCUCCUCUCUGGAUGCAUCGAUCUCAUAUGCUUCACUCUCUCAGACCUGCCGUGUGCGCAACGCCGCAGAGCUCUCUGCUCUCCUUGGCCUCUCAGGGCAGGCGGGAACCUGCUCGCGCUGCGCAGCUGCGGACCUGGCGAGGCGUGCCCUCUGCAAGCUUCCUCUGGACAAGCGAACGCUGCACACAGAACUCGAUCGCGGGGCCCAGCGGCUGCAGUCUCUCCUGCAGCGCACCCUUCAAGAGCUGGCCACGGCCCGAUGUGCCCAGGCGAUGCUCGAAGAGAGAGUCUCGGAGCUGCCGCCCUCGCGGCAUCCGGCGCUGUUUGAGUCUUCACGGCCACUGAGUUGCGAGUCUGCCCUUCGCCGCACCCACGACGAACUGAGUCUCCGCGGGAUCCCCCCAGACCCAGCUGAUUCGGUCGCCGUUUUCUGCGGGACCCAAACUCCUUUAUCUCCUCUUCGCGCAGGCCCCCUUCUCUCUCUGGUUCAGUGCACGGCCGCGGAAGCUGCGGCUGCACUCGAGAAGGCUGACGCCGUCGCGGAGUCGCUCGCGGUGAAGCUUGGCGCGAUCUUUUCGAUUUCCGGGCUAGCGCCCGAGACACGUGGAGUGCGACCGGGGGGCCGGUUGGCGGCCUCGGCCCACGUCCCCUCCCACGCGGCCCUGCGGCUCCACGGUCGCUCUGACCAGCGCCCAAGCCUUCGCUGGCCAGCGGCCUCUCCAGCAGGGCCAGCGGACCCCCUCGGAGCAACGCCGGCAGCGAAGAGGCCUGGCCGCAGUCUGCAGCGAAACCCUGCUGUAGGGAGUCUCAGGAGAGCGAGGGGCUGCGUCAACGGCCCCCCGCAGGUGGAGUCCUUUUUGACGCAGCUGAGAACCGCGUGCGGGCCGCGGGUGGGGAGGCAGCAGCGCGUUGCACAAAGGUGCGGGCGCCGCAGCGAGAGCGGCAGUCGAGAGGCGCGCCGUCCUGCGAGUCCCUCCACGGCUGCAGACGCCUUGCUCGCGCGCGGGCACAGCGAUGACAUCAGGACCGCCAGGUCGACCGCGGCCGCGACGGAAGACUCCGCAGAGUUUUCGCCCUGCGAGUCCUGUUCUGAGCUGGCUCCAUGGCGGCAGGGCCAUUACCCUGCGCGCGACAGGAUCUCUCCUGGCGUGCCCAAAGUUCCCUGCCUUGGAAGAGAGUGUCACCAACAUCAGAACUCAGGGGCCUGCCUCAGCCCGACGACCCCAGUGCGACCGCUGUCCUCACGCCGUCCCGCGCAGAGGCGAAGUCUCUCUACGCCCGCGCGGGUCUUCCCAUGCAAAUCUGAGUGCAGCUGCCGCGUGUGCGGCGACUCAGACGUCGAGGCGCGCCGCGACCUCAGGGCCUCAUCCAGCAGGUACCGGAAGGCCGCGAGCCGCUUUUGGAGCCCCAGGCUGCAGAGCCUAGGCGCCUCCUGUGGAUGUGUCGACGGGAGCGCCUCCGGAUGCAAGCAUGCAUCCAGCAGCUUGCAAACUCGCGUCGCGGUUCGCUCGCCGCCCUCGCUGUUGCACGCGCCCGACGGAGACUGGCGGUUUCGGCGAAGUCGCCCUUCGUCGAGCGGUCGCCUCUCGCCGCUCAGCUUCUGUCGGGACUUAGCGAGGCCUCCGUCCUCCCGCCUCGUUGCACACUUCGUCCCCAAUCGCCCUAAGUGGCUGCCCGCGCCGCUCCUCUCGCCCUCGAGCCUCUCCUCAGGCAGUCCAGCUCGGCUGUGGCCCUGGCGACGCAGCGCUGGUGCCCACUCUCCGCUCUUGUCUCUCCCUCAGCCCCGCAUAAAUACGGGCGCCUUGGGCUCCGGGAGCCUUGCGAGGCUGGGCGGACGCGGAGGCGAAAGAAAUCCACACGCGGCAUGCUCUGGCUGCGCGGACGCUUCGCCCGCAGAGCCUUCCCCGACGCCGCCGCAGCGAGAGGAGAGUCGUCCCGCCGCAGAGCGGAGGUGGCGCUUGACGCGUCCAGGGGCCUCUGAUAAAACUUGUGGCGGAGGGGGGGGCAGGGGUAGGGGUAGGGAGAGGGUUGCUGGGGUUCCCCUCACUUGCAACUCGAGCAGUUAA